CCGUGGUAAGUUUGCGUCAAUGCCGCAAACCGGGAAAAAGCCGCUUCUUGAAAACAGCGCGACAAACAAACUCCGGCACGGUGGAGCGUCAGAGAGAAAGACGAGGAUAAACAAUGGUGGCAGAGAAACUGGAAUCUGGUGCUAGCGUUAGCACCGCCUAGCACGGGCAGGAGGAUGCUAACAGGCCGGUGGAGGAGGACGCCGCUGCAGCAGCUGCUAGCUGCUAACGUUAGCCGCGCAUCAGCGAGAAGCGGAGACAGACGGACACACACCUGCUCCACUGAGCCGCCAUCACUGCAGCCUCACACCGACCUCCAGAGCGCAGGGACCCGCUGACAGAUUGAGUGAGAGGGGAAGGAGUCUUCAGCAGGAUUGUGGGGGUGAAGGACUGCUCCCUGUAAGCAUCCAAAAUGCCGAUCAUUAACGUUGAUGAACUGACAGACAAGGACAAGGCUGUAAUGGAAGUCACCCAACUUAAACUUGAAGUGAAACUUGAGAGGUGGUUGACGUCAAAAUGCUGUGAAGAGAUGAAGGACUACAUUCAGGCUGGAGAGGAGGAGGACACUCUUGUCAAAGGCAUUUCAGAGGAGAAGAACCCCUUCAAGGAGAAAGGUGGCUGUGUCGUCUGCUAGACUGGACCUGAGGAGCUUUUCAUAGCUCAGAUUAGCACCCAAGGACAUUCUCCCUCCCGUCAACAAAAAAGAUUUGCAGACUGACAAGACUAGGAGAACACAAUGAAGACACUAUUCCAGAUUUGUAGCUUCAUCAUUUUAUCCUUUGAAAACAUGCAGUGUAAAAGAAGUAUCAUUUAUAUGUAAUGCUUCUCUCUCAUGUGGUGUAAAUAGUCUGAGCAAACUGUGUUUCAUUAAACGUACUGGUG